CCUGUAUGGUAAAAUAUAGGGAAUAGUGCCUGAAGCUGCAAUGACGAAUAGUCUCCAGUGUGAGGCAGCAAUGCACUAAACCGUGCCUAGUCUGCCGGAAAUUCAACAGAAGAAGAAGAAGCAGAAGCAGAAGAAGAAGAAGAAGAAGAAGAAGAAGAGCAGUGUUAGUAGUGUGUUUGUAGCAUCCAUCAGAGAGCGUCCUCUGCUGCCUGUGAUGUUAUGGUGAUGUCAUCAUCGGUGAAGCAGCGGUACCGUGACAUUAGUCCUGUGACUCUGCAGGUGGUGGGCGGGGCCAUGAGCUCCAGUCUGUACUGCGGGGAGGUGGAGGGUCUGUCCGGGGGGCUGGUGGAGUCUUUCCUGGUGGAGCUUUAUCGCUGUAAACUCUGUCAGUUCACCUGCGGCCUCAAAGCCACCAUCAGCAGCCACCUGCUGCUCAGGCACCGGCCCCCCACCCUCACAUACCUUGGGGGUGCUGAUGGAGGGGGUGGGGCUGAGGACCGAGAGGAGGCGGGGCUCCAGCGGGGGGUGUCACCCUAUCAGCUGGAUCUGAACGGAGAAUCGAAGCAGAGUGAUGAGGACGAGGAGUUUCUGCUCUACAACAUGCUGGACAACAUGAGCCCGCCCACCUGUGAGAUCAGCAGCGAGGGGGGGCUGCAGGUCGCACACACCUGUGAGGUCAGCACUCUGUUCGAGGAGGAAUCUUCCAUCUUCCCUCUGAAGGGAGGGUCAGGGGAUCUGUCCUGUCCCAUCGCCCCCCCUGCCACCCAGGAGGAGAUGGCGCAGUCCGCUCACCUCAUGACUCUGGGACUGUGUCGCAAAUCAGCUGCCAAAGCUCCUCCUCCUCCUCCUGCCCCUCCCACCUCCUCCCGCCCCAUCCACGCUCCGCUUGAUAACUCCGCCCACCUGUCGCAGCCUAGCAAUGUGAAGCAGAGCGAGACAGACGGCCAACAGACGAAGACUUCCUCCUGUGGCAAACGGAGGCUGUCGUGUCUCCUGUGUCCUCUGACACUGCCGUCCAGGCGGCUCCUGGAUGUUCAUAUCCGGUCUCACCGGAUGGCCAGUGGGUUCAGCUGCAUCCUCUGCAGCUGGACAGUUGACAGCUGGGAGGAGCUGGAGCCUCACUGGAGGAGCCACUGCAGCAGGAGGAGGAGGGAGGAGCAGAGACAGAAGAAGAAGAAGGCGGCGUUGAGGCCGUUCAGUUGUCCCAUCUGUCUGAGGACAUUCAGGAGUGCUGCCUCAGGAAACGCUCACCGACAAACACAUGAUGGCUCCAGUCAGCGUCACCAUGGCAACCAUUCAGACCUGUGGAGGGGCCGGCUGUUUGGACGAGCAGGACAGAAGGCAGCGGAGCAUGCAGACAGUCAGAGCAGCAGAGGUCAGACGGGCUCUCUGCAGAACGUCACACAGAAGAAAAAGAAGAGAACGAGAAGAAGCACAGAAGAAGAGAAGGACGCCACAGACACGGACUUCUGUUGCUCUCUGUGCCACAGGAAGUUCUCCACCAAACUGACACUGAGACGCCACCUGGGAAUCCACAGAGGAGACAAACCGUACACCUGUCCUCACUGCUCCUACUGCAGCCGCCUGAAGGCCUCGCUGCUGCAACACCUGAGGACACACACAGGUGAGAAGCCGUACAGGUGUGCUGAGUGUCCGUAUGCUUCUAUAGAUCGCAGCUCUCUGCUCCGACACAUCAGGACUCACAGUCAGGAGAAACCCUACAGGUGUCAACUCUGUGACUACAGCAGUAUCCAGAAGAAGAGUUUGGACCUUCACGCUCGCCGUCAUCAUACUGGUGAGGCGUUUCCAUGCCAACAGUGUGAUUACUCGAGUCCAGACCGCCAGCUGUUGCUCAGACACAUGCGCAGACACCACGCCCCCUCGCAGCACGCCAGGCUUUGACAGAUGAUUGGACGCUCUGAUUGGACUGUUAGCCAUAUGACGACUUUGUCCCAUUUGAUGAUGUCACCAGACCUGCUGCUGAUGUCACAGACACUCUGAGUUUUUAUUGGUUGUUUUUUUAUUUGCUGGACUUUUUAAAUUAAACUAAAAAAAUCUGGUGAAACAAAAAAACACAAA